AAGAUCAAGACCUUGCGCACCCUUCUUCCGGCGGAUAAAAAGCAUAUAUUGCAGUCCUCGGAAGCUGAAUCGUCUAAAGAAUUAAGACGUAACAUUUCUCUUGCUUGCACGGCUGCUCUGGAACAACGCCUUGCACAAGAUGUGCAACCUGUGCACAAGAGUGUCUCUAUGAUCAAACUAGUGAUCGUAGACGCAAGGAGUACACGGCUAGGCUGUUGA